UCCCUCUUUUCCUCUCAGAGGCUUUCAGGGCUGCUGGUUAAUGGGCCACGCAGCAGAACUCUCAUUCUUGUGGUGUGAGAUCAGGAAGCAGCAGGAUGUGUCGGGAUCAGCUUGACUGCUGAAAAGAGGAGCGAAGGAGAGACGGAGAAGGAAGGAAGGAAAGCAGGAGAAGGAAGGAGGGAAGGAGGGAGGGAGGAGUAGAAGCUGAAGCUUUAGAGGAUCUGUUUUUCCUUCAGGAUCUGAGCGUCCUGUCCUGGAAUUACUCCAUCUAUCUCACAGCUCCAGGGACAACAUGAACUAUCUGAACGUCUUGGCCAAAGCAUUGUAUGACAAUGUGGCCGAGUCUCCAGACGAGCUUUCCUUCCGUAAGGGCGACAUCAUGACGGUUUUGGAGCGGGACACGCAGGGGUUGGACGGAUGGUGGCUCUGCUCUCUUCACGGCCGCCAAGGCAUCGUUCCAGGGAAUCGUCUGAAGAUCCUGGUCGGCAUGUAUGACAGUAAGCAGCAGCAGGUCACAGCUACAACACCAGAUCCAGCAUCUUCCUGUUCAACCCCCCAGUUGCAGCGACCCCACCUUCCUCAGAGCGCCUAUGCCCAAUCUACGCCCGCCAUCUCUACUCCAUCUGCACCAGUGUACCCAACCAAGCCCCUUUCCGCAGCUCAUUAUACACCCAUGCACCCCCCAUACUCAACCCCCAGUCCUGCACAGUCAAAUAUGGACUCUGUCUACAUGAUGCCCCCUUCCCAUGGCCCAAAGGUGAGCUCCCAAAGUCUAUAUCAAGUUCCAUCAGGUCCGAGCGGAUCCUCCACACAGAUCCCACCAGGACCCCCUAAAAAGACCUCAGCUCUAGGCCAGAGACCAUUUGAGCCAUCUGCACAAGACAUCUAUCAGGUGCCCCCCUCUGUAGGGCUAAAUAAGGCUACUGCGUCAGCUGGAGGUACUGCAACCGGCCAAGAUGUUUACCAGGUACCCCCCUCCUGGGAGAGCAACACCAAGCCACUUGGAAAGGUGGUCGUCCCCACAAGAGUCGGACAGGUUUAUGUGUACGACGCAGUGAACGCCGACAAGGACGAGUAUGACGUCCCGCCAAGACAUCAGCCAGCGGCCCAGCAGGACAUUUACGACGUACCGCCCACCCGCCAGCAGUUCGGCACCCAGGUCUAUGACACCCCUCCUAUGGUGGUCAAGGGGCCCUCUGGUGGUCAAGACAUAUACGACACCCCAGCGAUGGCAGAGAAGAACCCCCAUCAAACGGUGUACGACUUCCCUCCCUCGGUGAGUAAAGACGUUCCUGAUGGUCAGUUGAUCAGAGAGGAGACCUAUGACGUGCCCCCCCACUUCGCCAAGCUGAAGCACAACGUUCCCAGCGCUCCUGGCCAUUACCAGCACAACGACGCCAGCGACGACGACGAGCCGCCAAUCCCUGAAGACGUUUACGACGUUCCCCCGCCGAUCCUCAGCGAGAAGCAUCAUCGGGGCGAGAGAGGCGCGGCCGGCCAGGCCCCGCAGGAGAUCUACGACAUCCCCGCCGCCCUGCGUGCUGGAGGAGCCCCCGCACAGGAUGUUUAUGACUUCCCACGGGAACGGGAGGACAGGGGAGGCGAGCGGGGAGACCAGUACAUCUAUGACGUCCCACCACAGGUUGUCCGUGACGCCCAGUCCAACACCGAGGAGAUGACCAAGUCUUUCAAACGCCUUUCUGCUUCCAGCACCGGAAGCACGCGGAGCAACCACUCCUGUUCUUCCCUGGACAUGGUUCCUGUCCGGGACACCUCGUCUCUUCCAGCCUCUGGUUCCGGCCAAGGAAAACCGCUCCUGUUGGACCUGGAUCAGGCCAUGGAGCGUCUCUCCCGGCUGCAGCAGGCCGUGGAGUCCAGCGUUUCCCUCAUGAUGUCAUUCAUCACAGGGAACUGGAGGAGUCCUGCUCACCUGGAGGGAAACCUUACCGCCAUCCACCAGGCGGCGGACCGGGUGCGAGCCACCGUUCGAGACUUCCUAGAAUUUGCUCGAGGCGCAGUUACAAACGCUGCUCAGGCCACAGACCGCUCGCUGCAGACCAAACUGGGCCGGCAAGUGGGAAAGAUGGAGGACGUCUUUCAGAGUUUGAUUCGGCACAGUCAGAGCUUGGACGCCAUCUCGUGGUCCCCCACAGCUCUAUCCGCUCCGCCGCCAGGGGGCGAUGACUUGGAUCGACUGAUCAUGACAGCGAGAGGCAUCCCUGACGACGCCAAGCAGCUGGCCUCCUUCCUCCACGGUAACGCCUCGCUGCUCUUUAAAAGGACAACCAGGCAGCAGCAGCUGCCCCUUCCUCCGAUCCCGGGGGACGUCAGCGGUCACAUGACCGGAUCAGGAAGCGGAACCUACCAGGGAGGGGAGAAAGUGCACAUUCAGUCCCGCCCCCUCCCUUCGCCACCCAAAAUUACAGCUCCUGAGGAGGAGGAUGGCGUGGACAGGCUGUACGAGGUCACAGAGGAAGGCUGGAUGGAGGACUAUGACUACGUCCAUUUACAGGGGAAGGAGGAGUUUGAGAAGAACCAAAGGCAGCUUCUGGAGAAAGGAAACCUUAUCAGACACAACAAGACGCAGCUGGAGCAGCAGCAGAUCAAACAGUUUGAGCGGCUGGAGCAGGAAGUCAGCCGGCCAAUAAACAACGACAUCACGGGCUGGGUCCCUUCUCCGCAUCACCCUCUGGCCAAUCAGCUGUCCAAGAACGGCCCCGGCGAGCGUUCGUCCUCCAAGCUCUGUCACGGUGACCGCCAACUGCUCCUCUUCUACCAGGAGCAGUGUGAACAAAACAUCACCACCGUCACCAACGCCAUCGAUGCCUUCUUCACCGCCGUCAACUCCAACCAGCCGCCAAAGAUCUUCGUGGCCCACGGUAAAUUCGUCAUCCUCAGCGCGCACAAGCUGGUCUUCAUCGGCGACACGUUAUCACGGCAGGCCAAGUCUCCGGAGGUCCGGGCCCGGGUGGCGCAGAGCAGCAACACGCUGUGUGAGAAACUCAAGGACAUCGUCAUCAGCACGAAGACGGCGGCGCUGCAGUACCCGUCUCCCGGAGCCGCCAGAGAGAUGACGGAGAGGGUGAAGGAGCUGGCCGGGUGCACUCAGCAGUUCAGGAUGGUGCUGGGACAGCUGCUGCUGAUGUAGGAACCCGAACGGUGGCGUCCCGCUCAGCGGCGGGACCCGUGCACACGCCAGCAGCACGCAGGACCAUCCGAGGCGCAGCUCUGAUGCCUGCAGGAAUCCUUGUUCUCCGGAGUCCAGCUGUCGCCCAGCUUCUCCAUCCUCUCUGUUCACUGGGAUCAUUCCUCUCCGCCGCUCCUCACUUUAGGCGGCACCGAGGAACGUUUGGCGGGCUGUAAAAUAAUCCCUGUAAAUAUUCAACUUCCCUGAUUAAUGAGAUGAAGAGAAGAAAAGAAGCAUCUAAGAAUAAAACUGAUAUGAAAUCUUCCUGGUAGUUAAAGACGUAUCAAUCAUGGUUAUUAAUAAACUGUAUAAUUAUUGCUCUGAUUCUUCUAUCAUUCUCGGUAUGGAUGUAUAAAUUCCAGAUGUUAUGUAAAGCUCUUUGUUGUAGUGAGUGCCUCCAUCCUGUUUCCCCACAUCAUCUAAUGAUCUGAGGUUGCCCCGGCAACUCCCGUUGAAAGCUAAGCUAGCUCUCCCACCUGCACUGCAACAAAACAAAAGCAUUUGCCCUUAAUUUCUGCAGGAAGCUAAGAUGAAGAGCCAAUGGAAGGAGGAUUACGAUGAAAGAGUAUUAGAGCCAGGCUAGAGAUUUUAUUUUUCUUCUAUUUUAUGAGAAUAAAGUCAUCCUACAACAACCUGUUUCAGAAAGAAAGCUUGGAGCUCCGCCCAACAGAUGAUGGCCGACCAGCUCCACCAAUCA